CGAAACGGCAAGUACCCCUUCAAUUGCUCAUAGUUUACACCAGUGACACGAGGGUAAUUAUGGCGCACCCAGCGCCCGGAAUCGUAGCAUGGACAACUUCUAUUCGCACCUCCAUGGCGAAGGAUCCAUGUCGGCAAUUAUUCGAGGACCAAGUCCAAACACACGGCUUCAUCUUCUUAGACGACUACCUCGAGAACAUCUUGGCUGGUCCAAAGCAAGAAGCCAUUAUCGACCUCGUCAAGACACCUGCUCGAAAGAAGACCGCGCCCAAGCGAACCAAAGUAACCACUUCGGCAGCUGCGAAGGCGCAAAACUCCAUUCUUUUGUCUCUCGAGGAGGAGGAUAUCAGCAAGGAGAACCAGCCACCUGUCAAUAACUUUCAUAAAGCCCUUCUUCACGCCAAACAGAAUACGGAGUCCACGCGUUCUCAUGCAGACAUCGAUUGUGCUGAGCAAAUCCUUCUGCAGUCUAAGCCCGCGGGCACGACUGUGGGCGAGCAUGUCAGUCAUGAUCCGGAUCUAGUAGAUGAUGAUCUGGCCCCAGAGGUAGAGGACACGAUGGUAUCACCACUCGACCCCUUACAUUCUGUUCCCUUUGAGUCCCAGAAACAUGCCCGCGCUCGAGAGGCACGCACUGGCAAUCACACUCAACCACUUCCUCAGAUACCAAUAGCCAGCUCUCCUAUCAUGCAUGUUAGGGAUGCAUUGACUGCUCCGCUGCCCAUUCUACCUGCAUCCAGUUCCACUCCUGCGUUGACUACUAUGGUAGUACCACUUAAUGACUCGCCGUCUCGGAUUCUUGCGCACAAGAGCAGCGCACUGCAAUUUCCAACACUUCGGGCUCCAUCUCCGCUACGUAAGUCGAUGCGUGUCGUAGUGGAACCAUCUGCGGGUGCUGGGAUUCUUGCUUUAGCUGCUCCAGCACCAGCGCAACCUUCCGCACUGGGCAAACGUACAUCAUGGCUAAUGAAGGCCAGAGAGGUGAAAGCCUUAGAAGGCAUCGUUCAUAACAAGAUAAGCAUUCUCGGCCCUGGUGUUGGCACAAUGGGUCCCUCUGGCAACACUGCCGCUCCUUUAAAGCGGAAAAGUAGCGAUAUGCUUGCUACUGCACCUUUGGCUUCAGAUAAGACCGACGAGGGGCGUAGAGCGAAGGUGGCCAAGGCCUCCAAGUCCGAUUCUGCUCCGCAAAAUUCGGAGGACCCACCUCUGAACCAGGGGACAGCUAUGCCGACCCAGACUCCAUCCAUUCUGGUGCCGAUUAGAGCUGUGCAUCUCCCCGAGGAGCAGUGGGAACCACUGAACGACAAAGAGGAAGAGGCUAGUUUCAUUGGGGUGUUUAAACGUACGGUUGAAGGUCUUGGUGCCCGCGCGGGUAAAAGCAUGGGGAAGUCCCUUGGUGGUGGUGCAGCAGCUGUUGCACUUGCUGAAGCUCGUGCUGCCGCAGAAGCAAGAGUAGCGGAGAGGAAUAAAGUUAAUGAAGAACAGGUCACGGAGUCAGGGGGCUCUUCCGCACCAGACGUUGAAGAACCCCAACUAGCAACUGAAGAUGUUCACUCAAGAGAAUCGGAACGCAGACUCAGUAUCUCUGGCGUGGUCUCUACUAAUGAAAGCCCGGUAGCCCUUCAGUCUUCCUCUGCAGCGGACGAGAGCGUUUCAACAACCCCACCCAACUCCCCACCUCCCACUCGUACUUCUGGCUCCAGCUUCGUUCCUCCUCCUGGUCCAGUGUUCAACAGGCAACCUCCUCCUGUAUUCAUGCCUCCCAUCCCGAAGCAGAUUGCACCACUCACCAAAGAAUUCUCUUUCAAUUUGCCAACAGCAACCUUUACGCUUCCUCCGCCAAUAUCCCUGGGUCUACCGGCAAGACUUACAUCUCCUCCUUCUUCGCGUCCCUUUCCACAGGCAUGCGGUACACAGCAAUCCUCACAAGCAAGCACACUGUCGGAUGCUGUCUUUGAUGAAGUGGAGGAUACUCCAGCCUGGAUGCCUUCUAUACAAGAUACCGAAUGCACAGACGGUUCAGAGUCCCAGAUUCAUCGGGCAAAAUUCGCUACACUUGAAGAUGACGAUGAUGAUAGUUGGCCCCUUGAGGAGAAGUUGGCCGCAAGCGAACAGGGAUGGACUCCUUUCAACUUCAAUAACAAGGAGGAUAGCAUGACAUGGAGUACACUUCCUACUGAAUCUCAGGGACUCACCGGAACCAGAAGUGACCUGACCGGUAAUUCAGCGAAGAAUGCGGUGCAGCAAGAUGAGGGACACGUAAUCUCCAGCACCUCCGCCAUGGAUAUAGAUGGUGACAUCGCUCAGGUUCAGGACAAUGAAUCCAGCGUCUCCGAACCAGAAGCCGACCACGAGUCAGUUAUGUAUACAAGCGAUCUGGGUGAUGUCCUCAAGGCCGGCCAGCCCACUGUUACUCCUAUUGAGUCUGGUGGCAUUCCGCGGAGCGAAAGCCAAUUAUCCAUGGCUUCGACAUCUUCGUCUUCGCAGCAGUCACAGGGUGGGUUCUUCGGUCAAGCCACAAAACUGGUCAAUAGUAUGCUUGGCACAGGCAAAAAGGCCAAACCAGAGGUCAAGAGCCUUCAGCUUGCAGCUGCUGCAGGCGAAGAAGAAGAAGAAGCUAACAAAAAGGCCACUCGUCUCAAGGAGAUGGAGGCGAGGCGCCAAGCAGCGCUUGCUCGCAAGGCUGAUGAAGAGAAGUCACGCGCUGUUGAGGAAGACAAGAAGAUCAAGGAGGAAUCUGAGAAGCGCAAACGUGAGCGCGACGAAACCACGGAAAAGCGACCUCUCAAGACCCCCGCUGUGCUUAAGAAGACGGAGGAAGACGCGACGAAGAAGCGGAAGGUUACUAUGGACGAUAAGAAACCCGAUGUUAAAAAGCCGCCUUCAAAAGACAAGAAGGAUACUCUUCUUCUGUCCAAGUUGGCGAAAUCCAGUUUGGUUACUCCUGCAGCAAAAGUUGCUUCUACUUCCAAGAACAUCAAAGUCCCCGCAUCAUCUGCGCUUGUGUCUUCUGCGACCUACAAUGCCUCACAGAAUGCCGCUGGGUCAUCUGCGGUUAAAUCUACAGCUACCGAAGCGAAAUCCACCAAAGUAGGUCCUCCCAAGGGAAAAGCUAAGGCUGUACCGCAGGAGAACGAGGAUAAGCUUCCCUCCGCCAUGGUGCAGAAUCAGAUGGCAGCGCGUGCAAUGGCUCAGAUACGGGCAGCUAAGCAGCAGCCACCUGAAGUUCCCAGCGAGAGUAUUGAACUUCCUGACAUCAACAGCGAAUACUCUGACUCGGAAGAUGAAGAUCGGCCACGGACAUUUGAUCCUCCUGAUUGGGCUCAGUCGCCGGAGCUCCGACAGGCGUUGCAAAUGCAGAGCACAGUUGAUCCGGAUGACAUAUUCGGAGCGAUCCGGCCGCUGCGAAUGGAGGAGUUGUUCAGGACGAGGCAGAGCCGGUUUAGAGCACGGACGAGUUCAGCGAAUUGGUCAGGCUCGGACAGACUGACGGUUGAAGAGGAGCGAGAGUAUGCCCGUCGCAUGGGAUUUACCAAGCACGCGUCUUGACCUGAAUUAAUAUUUUUCUCUUCUUUUUAAGAUGCAUGUAUGUCAUAUCCUUGAUUUCGUGCAGCUUAUUUAUUUCCUUGCUUCGGUGGCAAAACAAACG